GCAUUAUUAGUUCAAUCGGUAAUGAUUCACUGACUCAUCGUUUCGGCUGAAACAUCUGUCAGUCUUUUUUUGUGGGCUCUGUGUAACACGAGCAGUCAUGUGUGCACUUGCGUUUGUGAUCAGCGCUGCCAGCGUUGGUUGUGUACAUGCGGCUGAGGUGCUUAACCCACAGCCCAUCAAUGGAGUAUUUGUCGCUGGAGGCGUGGCUGCGGUCCUGGCCGCGGGGGUUGUCCUCAUGAUCGCCCAGGUGCCAAAGGACAUGCGCGGCCCUGGGAAUUUCCUGAAGGUCAAGACUUUGCGAGGAGUCGAGUCUUUGCCCAGUGUGGUCUUGGCGAACGUGCUUCCCGCCUUGACGGUAACGCUUGUGUCCGUCCCCCUCAGCUGUGCUCUCGGCAUCGCUACCGGUACUUCGCCGAUGGCGGCCAUUGCCACUGCCAUCGUGGGUGCCCUUGUGAGCGGCAGCUUCGGGGACUCGGCCUUCAACAUUAUUGGCCCCGCCGGGGCGCUCGUGGGCAUCCUCGGCCGCUUCACCGCCAAGUACGGCCCAGAAAUCGUGCCAUGGCUCUCGUUGAUGUCCGCUGGCUUGAUCGGGCUCACGCUCCUGCUGCGCCUCCACGAGUACUGCAUGUUUAUGCCGAAGGCCGUCUUCGAGGGAUUCACUGCAAGCGUUGCCCUCACAAUCGGCUUGGGACAAAUCGACUUUGCCCUCGGUCUUCAGUCUGGGGAGCCUCUCAAAGUGGAGGGCCUCGAGCUCUCCCCAUCGGUCUGGAAGCUGGCCGCAUCCAUCAAGGCCCUCGGUACCGUCCAGGCCUCGAGCACUGUGUUCUUUCUCGUUGGCUUUGUGACGAUGUACGUCCUCUUCAAAAUGAACCCCUCGAUCCCUUGGAAGGUGCCGUUCGCAGUCGUGUCCUGCUUCAUCGGCUGUCUUUGCGACAAGGAUGCGUUCGGCGUUAUUCCGGUUGACCUGCCCAACCUGAAGUCCAAGUACGGCUUUCUGAGUUUUUGGAUGGCUCAAGGGCUCAAGCCCUUGACAGAAAUUGUUCCAGAGGCCGCCAAUGGGAAAGGGGGCAGCUACGGCGAGGUUUUUGAGGGUGCUCUCUCGAUCGCGAUUGUGUCGAUCCUGGAGACGUUAAUCAGCUGCCAGAUUGCCAAAAACCGCUCCAAGAUGCCCUACAACGAGGUCAAGGAGCUCCAGGGGCUGGCCCUGAGCCAGGCAGCAUGUGGAAUAUGCGGCCUUAUGCCUCCCGCUGGCGUCUUCGUCCGCACCAGCGUGAACUUGUCUACCGGAGCCACUCACAAGACGUCACAGUUCAUUCAAGGACUCUUUGUCUUCCUGUUCGCUGCGCUUGCCAUGCGGGUCUUGUCCUUCAUGCCCCAGGGUGGCAUUGCGGCAAUCCUCCUCAUGUCGUGCGUCCGUAUGGUGCCAUUAGGCUACAUGCGGAAAUUGUGGAAUGAGCAGAGGUGGUAUUUCGGGCUCCUCUGCGUGGUGGCGCUAACUUGCUGGCUCAUCGACUCCGUGACUGGGCUCGCCGUAGGGACGAUUGUGGCCUUGCUCGUGACAGGAAAGGAGACCGCGCGCGGCCACGCGGAGGUCUCAAUCACGGCGGCAGGCAACAAGCGGCUCAUGGACGGCUCUCCCGAGAUGAUCUCGAUCGAUGCCCUUGCGGUCGAUGAGGUGGACUUGGCACACACGGUGGAGCUGGACUCGGAAUCAGAGGAUGAUUCCUCCUCAGGGUCUGAACUUGAGCCGAUAUUCCCCGCCAGCCCAGCAAUGCACCACUCCCACUUGGCAUAUGCCCCGGAGUUCGACCAGUUCAGUAGGCAAGACUUCGGUCGGCAGACGAGCGUGACGCCACAUCUCUUCGCGGGGGAGGGCCCUGAGCGUCUGACGCCGACGGUGCGUGGUGACCGCGUCUUCCUCUACAAGUUCCUGGGGCAGGUGGACUUUCUGUGCGGGGAUAGGCACGUGGAUCGUAUCCAGGCGCUUCUCAAAUCUGGGCCUAAGGCCGUGGUGCUCGCCUUGCAGAAUGUGCCGUGGGUAGAUCCCGACGGCUUGGAGGCCCUGCGGGAUAUCGUCACGAUGCUUGACGACAACAAUGUGCUAGCAUACAUGGCUUGCCCCCGCCAGAAAGUUGCAGAGGCGUUGGAGACGGAGACCUGGUACUCCGAGAAGAUCGGCAGCGGCCAGCAUGUCUACCCCACGGAGAAGGCUGCCCUCAUCGCCGCAAUAGCGACAUGAGCGGAUGUUCAGUCCAACGCUUCCAGCUCCAUUUUAACAGGGGGUUGGGCCCGCCGGGGGGCCACAGGUCAAAAGGUGAGCAGCCAAGAUGUCUUGAUGAUUCAGUUCCUGGUCAAGAUUGCGUUUCUCUUGGCGAGCCCCUUUGUGUUUUAUGCCAAUCGUUCGCGCAUGGUUGCAACGUCACGGGAGGCAAAGGUUGGAAGUAUGGUCCGCAGGGGCGUUCGCCAAGAUCACUUCGGAUCAGGCUUAGGCCCACCGUGCCAGAUGAUUAUCGUGCGAUUGGCCAGGUAGGGUUGCGGCAGGCGUCGGGCUUACAUCCUGGCGACCAAGCUGUUCCUGCCAUGGCAGACAGCAGUGGCCCCAACGGGUACUUUUCAAUUAUUUAGUAGUCACGGUCUCUCCGAAGGGACGAGGCGACGAGUUCACACCUGAAAACAAGCUCUCAGUGUUCAUUGGGCACGAUGCGUGUAAUUCCUUGGAAACGUGCCAGGCGUCCCCGACAGACGCUUCAACAAUUUUGCGUAUUGAGUUGUCAUUGAAGUGGUGCGUCUGGAAUCAUCGCAGGAGGCAAGGAAUCCAGCUCACCCGAUGCCUUUGGGAAACUGCGG